UACAGAAGGUGAGUCUACUCUCUUUAGCUAUAUGAUCUAGCUAACAUGCCUAAUCAGGCCAUCAUCAUCGGUGCAGGUCCCGCCGGCCUCGCUGCCGCCCUCCAACUGCACCGUAACAACAAUAUUGCCAUUACCGUAUACGAGUUACGCCCGGAACCAACCACCCUGGGUGGUGCUAUAGGUCUAUUUCCAAAUGGAAUGCGCCUGGUUCAUCGACUAGGGCUGCAUGAUGAAGUUGUCGCACGCGGAUUCUCCGUCACCGACAUGGAGAUGCACUCUCUGCCAAACGGUGACAUUGCCAAAGUCGACAUCUCUCGCUGGGCAAGCCAGAAAACUGGCUUCGGAUACUUGCGUAUUCGUCGCAAAGACCUUCAGAGUGUUUUCCUUGACGCCGUUGCAAAAGACCAAAUACCUGUCCACUACAACAAGCGCAUUGUCUCCGUCACCGAGUCGCCAACAGAUGUCACCGUGACCUUUUCCGACGGCUCAACUGAUACAGCCGAUAUCCUGCUCGGAUGCGAUGGUCUUCACUCUAGUGUCCGUCGACUGCAUGUCGAUCCGUCCAUUGUGCCCGAAUACUCCGGUAUCGCGGGAACACAGUCCGUCAUUGACUGCACAGGCCUUCCGGGGGAGCUGAGUACGCAUGCCAACGCCUUUCUCACCCGCACGGGUAUUCUGGCGAUGAUGCCGUGCUCUCCGUCUGGUGAUAAGCUCUUCUGGUUCUUCUCCCGGGAAACCCCUAUCCCUCACUCGGAAUCUGGCAAUGCGCGAGACGGAUGGGAGGAGCGACGUCAAAAGGAGGUUGCGGAGUACAAGGAUACCAUUCUGAAGAUUAUCGGCGAAGGCAAGGGUAAAUGGCCGGAGGCACUGACGGAGAUGGUGAAUCGGACGGACGUCGUUGGGUUUUAUCCCAUCUUCCGGCUCCCGCUGGGCGGGAAGUACCAUACAUCUCGAACGGUGCUGCUCGGGGAUGCAGCGCAUGCGAUGCAGCCUCAUGCGGGCCAGGGAGUGUCCAUGGCAUUGGAGGAUGUGUUUCUGCUAUCGCGGUUACUGAAAGACGAUCAGCGGAGCUUGGAAGAUGCAUUUGCCAAAUACGAGGCGAUCCGCAGACCGCGCAUCACGGAGAUAUACAAUCUGGCUGCCAAGAACGGAAAGAAGCGAAAAGAUGUCAGUCCGUUGGGGUUGUGGGUGAAGGAGAAUAUGGCGUGGGCUGCUUAUGGACUAUAUAACCGGUUAGGGUUGGAAGCUUGGGGAAUUGGUCAGAAGCAUUUGGUCUAUGAUAUUGAUGAGGUGAAGAUCUGAUUGAUUCGGAC